AUGUCGGCACCAUUGUUGUUCAAACGUUCAUUUUCAAUGUCUCUCAGAAGACAAGCUGGUCAACUAUACAAGUACCAGGACUCAUUACCAAACUUGCCUGUGCCUGAGCUAUCUCAAACUGUGGAGCUCUAUAAACGAUCAUUGAUUCCUCUGUAUCCUGAGGGAGAGACCGAUCCAAACUUUCUGCGCUACUCCAAAGUGAUUGAUGAUUUUUUCAAGACUGACGGCCCCAAAUUGCAGGAGCGUCUUCAAACUCUGGCCAAGUCCGAGCGAAACUGGUUAGCAAAAUAUUGGGAUAACGUUGCCUACUUAGAUUAUAGAGACCCAGUUUCUCCCUUUGUCUCGUAUUUUUUCAACCACAAAGAUCACCGCAACAUCCCGUUCAGAGGAGACCAAUUGAAGAAGGCGGCUGCUCUUACCAGAGAAGUCGUUCUUUUCGCACAGGCUGUCCAUGAAGAAUCACUGGCUCCAGAAGUUAUCAAACCAAGAGUUGGAGCCGCUAAUCAAACCCCUACUGCUUUUUGCAUGGAGUCGUUCCGUUGGAUGUUCAACAAUGGCAGAGUGCCUGGAGCACCAAGCGACACCAAUAUUCAGUAUGAUCCUUCCAAGAAUAGCUAUGUGACUGUUAUUUCUCAUGGAAACUUCUAUGUUUUGAACCACCACGAUUCGCAAGGUAACCCGCUAUCUGAAGCCGAUUUAUACCAACAGUUGACUGAAAUUAAGAAACACUCUUUGGUCAACAAACAAGGUGAGAUUGCCCCAGUUGGUGUUUUAACCUCGUCUAAUAGAGACGUCUGGUACAAUAACUACUCUGAGCUUAUCCAGUCCCCUCUCAAUAAGAACAAUAUUGAGUUGAUCAAUGCUUCUACUUUUGUCCUUGCAUUAGACUCCGACUCUCCUGUUACCAUUGAAGAAAAGUCUCGUCGCUCGUGGCAUGGAAACGGCGCCAACCGCUGGUUCGACAAGCCUGUUCAAAUGUUCGUCGCUGAGAAUGGCUCUUCUGGAUUUUUGGGUGAACACUCAAAAAUGGAUGGUACUCCAACUUUGGGACUGAACGAUUAUGUGAACAAGAAACUCAAGUCUGAAACAUAUUCAUUUGAGACCGCUUCCACUUCAGACAAGCAAUGGAAAUUCCUGAACUGGGACAUUACUCCUGCCACUCAAACUGCCAUCAAGCAAGAAUUGGCUACAUUUGACCAGACCGUCAACUCUCUCGAUAUUCGUGUUUGGCAGUAUCCUGGAUUAGGAAAGUCGUUGAUCAAGAAGUUCAAGCUUUCCCCUGAUGCUUUCAUUCAGAUGUUGAUCCAGUUGGCUUAUUACAAGAUGACCGGUAUCAGCAGACCUACUUAUGAGAGCGCAUCUACGAGAAAGUUUUUCAGAGGUAGAACUGAAACUUGCCGUUCUGUUUCAAAGGAAUCUUUAGAAUAUGUGAAAAAAUGGCAAGACGCCAACGUCAGCGACGCUGAAAAGGUAGCUGCUUUCCGAAAUGCCGUUUCUUCCCAUCUUAAUUACAUUACCAAGGCUUCCAAUGGUCAAGGUUGUGACAGACAUUUGUUUGGGUUGAAGCAACAAUAUCAAUCUGGGGAGACUGUCCAUGAGCUUUUCACCGAUCCUAUUUGUGCUUACUCUCAACACUGGUUUCUUUCCACAUCCCAGCUGUCGAGUGAAGAAUUCAACGGCUACGGUUGGUCCCCAGUUGUGCCAGAUGGUUACGGUCUAGCUUACAUGGUCAACAACGAAUGGCUGCAUGUCAACGUUACUGUUGCAAAGGACAAUGGACUUGGUUUGCGUGCCGAUGUUAUGCAUUACUAUCUGACUGAGGCAGCUAAUGAGAUCAAAGAGCUUUUGACCAACGAAUUGAACCAAAACCAAUUGAAGGCCAAACUAUAA